ACCAGAAUGGCGCGCAAUCCGACCUUAGCAAAUGUUAAGCACCUCCUAUGAAGUUAUGGUCGGUCCCAGGUUAGGCAAUAAAAUCUGCCUACACUAACCUACAAGUGACAGCGGCAGAAUGAAAAAUGGUUUCUAUUCUAACUGCUGUCAAUUCCGGUAACGUGCCUUUAAGUUCCUGUAAUGCAAUUAAAAACUUGGUAGAAUAAUAGGAUUUGUUUUCGCAUGUUUUUUUUUUUUUUUUUUUUGAAGGAUACGAACUCUGAAACUCUAAUGUACAUAGUUAGUGACUUCAGUCCUCGGUAGUUUAGCCGGAAAAACCCAGAUUUUGUGAGAAACAAACCAAAAAUACGAAGCAAUAAUCUGGAAGUUAUAUGAAAAUAUAAACAGUGAAAGACCUUUUUCUACAAACACCGUUGACAGAAGUCUCUUAUGAUUUGAAGGUUCAAUCUGCAUUCUUCCUCAGAAAGCAGAAAGUACAGUAGAUGAGACAGAAGACUUGGACAACUGCAGUUACAGAGACAGUUACUGAAAGAGGCAUAAUGCAAUCGUUUUUGAAUGAAUGGCUAUGGUGUGAAGAGUACUGGCUCCCACCGGGAAUUUCAUGGAAAGAUAUGACAGAAACAGAUGACAUCCACUACCCUCAACCUCGGCAUCUCUUCUUUAGUGUUAUUUUUGGCUUGGUCUUCAUUGUCCUUCGACAUCUUUUUGAAAGAUAUGUGGCAAUACCCUUAAGUCAACAUAUGGGUGUCAAGGAGAAGUCACGGCUAAGAGCAUUCGCAAAUCCAGUACUGGAAACAUUUUACAGGAAAAGAAGGAUUCCAGAUAAAGCUGAACUGUUCUGCCUGUCAAGGCAGUGCAACAUCCCUUGUCAAAAAGUGGAAAGAUGGUUCAGACGUCGGAGAAACCAGGACCGUCCUGGCAUUACAAAGAAGUUCUGUGAAGCAAGCUGGCGGUUUUCUUUCUACUUCUUUGCAUUUUUUGGUGGCCUGUCUAUGCUGUUUAAUAAACCGUGGUUUUGGGAUCAGAGAGAAUGCUGGACAGGAUACCCCCAACAGCAAAUACUUCCUUCCAUGUACUGGUACUACAUGACAGAACUGGCAUUUUAUUGGUCUCUUCUUUUCAGAGUAGCCUUUGAUGUGAAAAGGAAGGAUUUUACCGAACAGAUAAUCCACCAUAUUGUUACCAUUGUCCUUAUUGGAUUCUCCUACUGUGCAAACUACAUCCGCGUAGGAAGUCUGGUACUAAUUGUCCACGAUGCAUCAGAUUUCUUCUUAGAGUCUGCAAAAAUGUUCAACUAUGCGGGAUGGAAACGUACCUGCAAUGUCCUCUUUGUCAUUUUCAGCAGUGUUUUCUUUAUUACCCGUUUGGUGAUCUUCCCAAGCAAGGUGAUCUACACUACAUAUUACUUUUCCAUGGAAAUAUUUAAACCUUUCUUUGGCUACUAUUUUUUCAAUGCCCUUCUCAUGAUCCUGCAGUUGCUGCAUGCAUUUUGGGCUUACCUUAUUCUCCUCAUGGUUUACAAGUUCAUCUUUAUUGGCAAGCUUGACAAGGAUGAACGGAGUGAUGUUGAAGAAAGUGAUGACAGCAGUGAGGAAGAGAAAGGGAAGGAGAAGCAGAGAAAAAAUGGUACCAAUGGAGUCAUUCACACAGGAGAAGUCGACUGUCGUGCAGUAACCGAGGAGAACAGCUACAGCCAUGGCAAGCCAGAUAUCACAAAUGGGCACUUAAAAUCUAGCUAGCUGUGGUGUUUUCUAGUGGAUGAACUCGUUUUGUGCAGUUUUAACUGAUAUUUCUAGUUUUUAUGAAUUCUUUGUAGAAAGAAUGCAAACAUAGGCUGCUUUCUUCUCUUUUCAGAGACCGAGACAACUAGCAUGUUAAUGUGAUGUCCUGAUUAUAUGUAUUUUGUUGUAAUUUAUAAUGCCGUCCUUGUUUGUUCCACUCGUUCUCUAAGCUAGAAUGUAUAAUAUACUUGCUUGUAUUUCAAAGGCAUUUCUCAUCCUUAAAAGGCCUUUUGAAACUAAAGUAGCUCAGUAGGCUGAAAUCUCUAACCAGUGAGGGUGUUUUAGCAACUUCUGUUAAUGCAGAUAUGUUUCACAAUCUGUUCAAAUGUGUAACUGCAUUUCCGUUAAGAAGUUUCAUAGGUUGACUUCAGUCAUGAAUUUAAGUAUUUCUAGUGUUCUACUAGCAUGAAUCACACAGUGAUGUGGGAGCUGUUAUGACUUGGCAGCAAACAUAACAUUCUUCAUUUACAUUCCAUUGAAAACUGAAAGAACUUUCCCUGACUUUGCCAUGCCAUUUCAGUUACCUAUCUUAUCAUAUUCCCCAUUCAGAAAUAGUGCCAUUGCUUUAUUUCUGCUCACUACCUCUAAAGUGCAUAUUCUGACCAGUUUCUAAUCAUUAAAUUAUUAACGCAACAGGAUGUUUUGCUAUAAAGGGUAAUGCUAACACCUCCAGACUCGUACUGAAUUAUUUUUGAACAUACAAUACCCAAUGUUUUAGACAAAACUUCUAUAUAUUUAUUUACAUUUUUCUAACAAGUUUCUAAUAAAUGUUGAGUAUAUUUAAUUUCCUGCUACUUACUCUGCAGUUUGUCAGUGGAAAUUCCCAACUCACAGUUGCACUAUUUUGUAAGAUUUGACUGUUUGUUCGGGGGCGGUAGCUAAACAUAGAUAAUACGUAUUGGUGAAGGACUGAUUAAGCUAAAAUUUUUUUUCUGCAAGUAACCUACCCCUUUAUUCUGAAUGCAUUUAAUGGCACAGUCAGUGACAGUGAUGGGCCUACACUGGCAGUAAAGCAGAACUGCAGAAAAGUCUCAAAGAAGAUGCAUAAAAUCCUCAUCUCCAGACCCUGUCAAAGCAAGGAAACAUCUGUAGAGAUAUACUUGCAAAUCUGCCUUUGUCAAAGCAUCGUGGUCUGGCAGUUGGUACAUUGGAUCAAGGCUGUGAGCUGUAGCUUCUGAGGGUACACAUUUUGAUCCCCUCAGCCUCAGUUGCCAGCAGUGUGACCUUAAGCAAGUUACUUAAACAGACGUUGCUCCUGGGACGCCCCUGAAAAGGGACCUUAUGCCAGUAGACCUACAUGAUUAACAAAUGCUUAUUAUUAGCUGAAAUAGUAGUAUCACUGAGUGUGAGUUGCAUUUAAACCUUUUGAAAACCUUACACUCGAAUCUAGGACCAUUCCUUAGAGAAGGAAUGUAAUCAGUUACAGAAAUAUAAUUCCUGUGUAAGUUGUCUUUUAGCUCUGUGAAAUGGGCCAGAGCAGUAGCUUUUCUGACAGUUUUGUAUGCAUUUUGUUAUUAGAUUUGCCACCAUAAAUUAACUGGAGGGAUAUAGUAUGAUCGGUCCAACUUUGUUUCCUAAUUUCUAAAUUCAUAAAGUUGUGUGUUAUGUGGUUGGGUCUGUACUUCUACUAGAAUACAUAGUCAGAGCAUACCUCUCUCAAUUGUACAGAUUUUCCCAGAAUGUCCUGAUUUUUGCCUCAUAUUUUUGGUCCAUUUUUCAU